UGUAAUCACGUUUGCAAGCAGGACGCGUUAGUGCAUUUAGGUUAAUUCUUCAAAAGUUUGUUAUUGAGGAGUUCCCUAUUUAUAUAAUAAAUAAAAUACGAUGGAGAAGCUUGCGUCGGCUAAAACGUGUUUUAAACUGUUACAGGUUAUGCCCGCAGUGCAGCUGGCGGCCUCUCUUCCAGGUGGCCUGGGUGUUUUGGCUCCUCCGCUACAGAAUAUGAUCCAAAUGCAGCAGGUGCGCCACCGACAGACCAAGCACUGGAAACCCGAGUUCAAGCGCUUGCGCAAGCUGAAAUUCGUGAAGAUGGAUCUUCCAAAUUUGCGCGAGAAACAGGAAGACAUUAGCAAGGAGGAAAUGCGCAGUCGGAUGAAGGAACGUGGUGUCUUACCGCCACGUCCAUGGAUGGAGCGCCCCUUUCACAUUAGCUGCACGGGCGGCAUAUUCGAAGCUUAUGUUCCUCCCGAAGGCGAUGGCAAGAAGUCAAUCAUCUCGACAUCGGGUGCCAAGCAGAAGCUGGAAUUCCUUGAGAAAAAGUCGAAGAGCCUAAUGGCUGUACGUAAGAUUCGUUCCUACGAGGAGAGUUUUAGCACCGACGAGUUUGGGUCCGAGGCCCAGGACAUCUAUAUUCAGGCCCACACGCACAUGGCAGCCAAGGAAAAAUAUAAGAUCCGUGAGUUUGUCAGCGAACGUUGUUAUCCAGAAAUGAUGCAUAACGUUAAGGACAAAACCAUUCGGUGGAAGUUCCUCCAGUCGCUAGAACCACCUCGAGUUGUUCAUGCCCGUGUGACAGAGGUGAUUACCAAGGAGAACCAGUUCGCUCAGGUCACUGUGCGCUUCCACAGCCAACAAAUGCUGGCUAUCUACGAUCGUUUUGGCCGGCUGAUGCAUGGAAGCGAGAUUCUUACCAAGGACGUACUCGAGUAUGUGGUGUUUGAGAAGCACAUCUCUAACGAGUACGGUAAAUGGCGUCUGCACGACAAGAUCAUCCCAGAUUGGCUGCCGGCCAAACAGCCGGCUCCCAUUACAUAUCGCCUUAUUGAAGAUGUUGAAGAAGAGCCCCCCAAGGAACUAGAAGCCGGUGAGGAGGCGAAACAACUGGAAUCAAGCAGCGAACAGCCCAAGGAGCAACUGCAGCUGGCCACUCCUGUUGAGAGUCGUGCGAAACCGUCCCUGAGCAUUUGAUUGUACUUUUUGUGGGCCGCCUGGCGGCUCAGAAGAAUGCGCGUUAAUGUUGUCAAAUGAUUUUGAGCCGCUGUCUGGUUAAAUUAUAAUUUUAAAAGUUA